AUGGCUCCUCCAGACCUCAACUCCCUCCCACCUUCGAGAUCCAUGUCCUCCUCGCCGAUGCAGUCACGAAACAUGACGGCCUCCUCGCCGCCAAACCGCAACGACACGCCCUCUCCUCGAGCCUCAUCGCUAUCUCUAGCCACGGCUGCCAUCACAAACGCAGCCAACGAGUCCUCCAGACGCUCCUCUGUGAGUGCCCGUGGCUCUCCCCGUCUAGGCCGUAUGCCUUCCGACCGUCGCCGCUCCCAAGCCGCGCUGAAUUUCAGCCUGAACCUCAAUGACCCCGCGUUGCCCAGUCCAGGCGAACUCUCGAGCAGCGACCCUCGUCUCAGCUUCAGCCACAGCUAUGCCUCCUCCGCCAGUCCUCAGACCAUCGGCGGCCGCUCAGCCAUAGCGACCGGCGACCCUCACCACCAGCGCCAGCCCAGCCUAGGCGAGAUCCACAACGAACUCGAACAAGAGCAGGAAGCCCAAGUCAACCGCAUGCUCCAGAUGAUUCGAGAGCAACAACUACAACUCGACGCCCUGCGCAGCGGCAGCAGCCAGAACACCACCGACUCGUCACACCCGUCUGCACAACCCGGUCCCGGUGGCCUGGCCGUUCUCGACGACGACCAAACCCCGGCCUCGGAACGCUCGAUCUCGUUCCCCUCGGUCCACCCUGCUGUACCACAGCAACACACCCGACGCUUCUCCUCCCGCGGUCCUUCGAGCGCAAGCCGCUCGCCCGCACUACGCCCUCUGCCCAGCCAAGAAGCCAGCGGCGACUGGCCCUCGUCCCCCAUCGAAGGCGGGAGGAGAGGUAGCUUCCGCGACGAAAGUGCCUUCUACCAAGCCGAGACGGCGAUGCUGACACGAGAAAACCAACUACUCAGACAGCGCAUACGAGAAUUAGAGAAGCAGAUUGCAGAGAUGGAGAUCCUCCCAGCAAACACUCCUGCCACGCCGAGUAAUUUGGCCACGAGCCCGCCGAUCGCCGCUCAACAGGAAGCAUCUGUAGCGGCGGCGGUUGCGAGGAUUACUGCGGAGCAAGACAAGACGUGA